AUGUUCCAGAGGUUCGCCAGCGCUCUGUUCGGGGAUGACAUGGAGGAGCUGAGCCGAGGAAACCGACCAGGAGACGGGAAAGAGGAGGAGGAGGAGGACGAAGACUGGAUCCUGGUCAACUACCUGGGUAAGAGCGAAAUUUAAUAUAAGUGUGAAAAACAUCCAAUCAGAGGGCAGGAAAUGUGACGUACUGUUGGGGGGUCUGCAGCCUCUCAGUUUCUGAACUCUUUAGGUCUGUGGUGAUCUGAGUGGACAGUGAUGGGGGGGCGGUGCAGAGGUGGGAAAACACCAAAACUAAAAUGGCGAGCCCUCCAGGAGAAGUUUCCUGUGACACUAAACACAAGGAUCUUUGUGUCUCUGAUAUUCAAAAAUCAAAAACCACCGAAGAUACAGACUCUGAAAGUGAUGAAACAGGUCGUUCAGACAUUCUGUCUACUUUGACCUGCUGUGUUUCUUCACCUGAUCUUCGCUCAGCUUUAUGUCAUAAACAGGAGAGGAGGUCCUGUCGGAGGUCGGGGUCGACUCAAAGUUUUCUUCCAUCGGUCAUUAAAUCCGUUUAGCUCUGACAACGUUCCCCUCUCAGCUCGUUUGUGACCUUUAAUCAAACGUAUCUGCAGCUCGCUCUAUAAGAACACAGAGCCUCAUGUUUUACACACCGUCUGCACGUGCACGUGCACGAGGCUUUCUAAUGACAGAGCGGUUUGCAGUGAUCCAAAACUAAGACAAUGUUGAGUCACAUUGAAGCAGCUGACUGUAGAAGGACCCUGAACCAGUCAGGUGUCAGGUCGACUGUGCAGCAGGUUUAUCCCACCGAAGACCCCCAGAAACAGGAGUCUGUGUUCCAGCAGCAGGACCAGGAAAGUCAGGGAAAGUCAGGGAAAGUCAUGGAGACUUUUAGAAACAUCAUUGGCAGCAUGAAGCUGAAGUUUAGGAGAAGUUUUCAUAUUUAUCAGGUCGGUGUUUCCAUGCUCAGUUUUAUAAAGACUAAUGAAGACCAGAACAGGACUGCAGUCUGCAGAAGAUCCAGUUAGCAGGUCCUGAUGAGAGAAAACAACCCGACAGGCUCAGAGACAGAUCCUGUUUAACUUUAGAGUCCAGCCAAGUUUCCAGAGCCCAGAUCAAAAAAAGACCCCCGUCAAAACAGACACCAAGUUCAACAAGUCACACACACACACACACACACACACACACACACACUGACUGUACACAGAAACCCGACACACUGCAGCGACUCCAGGUGGCUCUGACCCAGCUGGUUUGGCCCACGGUUCACCCGGGCUGGACUGGUCUCGACCCGUCUCUGAUUCCACAGCCGUGUGAAUACCUGAGGAGGGAGGGGGGAGAAACAGAGGCGGUGUGGCCCACUUCAGCUGGAGGGGGGAGGAGAGAGGGUGAGGGUGAGGGAGAGAGAGAGAGAGGGUGAGGGUGAGGGAGAGAGGGAGAGAGAGAGAGAGAGAGAGAGAGGGAGAGAGAGGGAGAGAGGCAUCAGGCAGUUUAUGGAAGUCAACCUGUAAACAGGUCAAACAAAAGCAGCAGCAGAGGAAGUAAAAAUAGACUCUGCUGGAGCUGGAGGACAUGUAUGGACACAGAGCUGCAGACACACACACACACACACACAGACACACACACACACACGCACACACACACCUGGAUGCAGGGUUGUGUUUCAGGUGGAGGUACAGACUGUCCCUGCAGAGACGACCAGACCCCCAGGAUGGUUUUAGAGUCAGGCGUGGAUUUGAGACGGCAGAGAAGGUCAGAUAACUGAGGAGGACGUGCAGCUGAAGAUCAUUAGACAGGAGCGUAGAUCCAUGAGAUGAUGUCAGGGCUUUUCCCGCCUCUUAUCAAACCGCCGUUUUUACCCACCGUACUGGGUUUGAAGAGAAGAUCCAGGUCACUUCAGUGCUGGUUAUAUUGGGUUAAAACAGCAGCAGGUGAAGUGUUGAGAAACUCUGACGUUCAAAAAUUUAGUCUCUCCGAACUUUUGAAGAGUCUGUGGGAGGAGGAGGAGGAGGAGGAGGAGGAGGAGGAGGAGGAGGAGGAGGAGGAGGAGGGGGAGGAGGAGGAGGAAGAGGAGGAGGAGGAGGAGGAGGAGGAACUGCAGACGGAUAAACGUCAAAAUAUCUCUGAUGAAAACAAACCUGAACGAUCAGAUUUCUGCAGCGUGUACACUCGUCCUGCAGACACACACACAAACACACACACACACACACACACACACACACACACACACACAAGCAGCAGGAAAUUUAUGUGUGUGUGUGCACACCAGCUGCUCAGGUGUUAACACAGAGACCACAUAAACAGAGCUGUGAGUGUGAGUGUGUGUGUGCACGUGUGUGUGUGCACGUGUGUGUGUGAGGUUGGUGAUUGUUUAUUACAGAUGUCGCUGGUUGAUGCACGUGUACGCGUGCACGUUUGCAGCUCCGCCUGCACGUCGAUCAUGUCGAGCAGCUGAAGUGAGUUUGUGGGUUUCUCGGUCCUUCUGUGGACCCUGAGGAGGUCUGUGCAGGACUGUGUAGGUCUGUGUAGGUCUGUGUAGGUCUGUGCAGGUCUGUGUAGGUCUGUGUAGGUCUGUGUAGGUCUGUGUAGGUCUGUGUAGGUCUGUGCAGGUCUGUGUAGGUCUGUGCAGGACUGUGCAGAACUGUGCAGGACUGUGCAGGACUGUGUAGGUCUGUGUAGGUCUGUGUAGGUCUGUGUAGGGGGUCCGCUGGUCUUUGAUAAUCCACAUUGACCUCAUUAACGCUGCCGAACAGCAGAGCCGCCCCCCUGCUGUGCAGAUGACACCUCUGGAGGGAGUCGGUCAGCUGAUGGCGGCUCGUCUCCAGGCCGAGAGGAUCAGGUGUCCGGCGCUGAUUCAGCAGUCUGUCUGGUGUGUUGUGGGUAAACAAGGAUUCCUCUGUGAACUCCACCGCUGGUGUCGACGCCACGUGUGGAGAUGAGCUCCAAACACUGGGGGGGGGGGGGUUUAAAUCCAUACUGUAAACAGAGGGGGGGGGUCUGCUGAAGGAGGUCUGCUGAAGGAGGUCUGCUGAAGGAGGUCUUCAGUCAGUCUGCAGCUGCUCCACAGGUCUGAGAGCAAACACAAGAGAGAUGAACCUGCAGACAUGCAGAUGCUGCUCCACAUCCUGGUGUUUCUGUCGACCUUUGACCUCCAGUAUUGUCCCGGCUGAUGAGACAAAGAUGAAAAACAUCAGUGAGAGUUCGGUCCUGAUGAUCAGAGUUCACAAACGUGAUGUUUGAGUUUACAGAGACGUGGUGGAAAAGACAAACAGCAGGGGGUCAAAGGUCAGAAACUCUCCGAGCAUCAACGUUUGACUCAUUCAGGGGUGAAAGUUCAUCAGUGAAAAAUGUAAAUAUUUAUUUAUUUACAACAACAUGAACCAAAGAGCUGAACGACAAAAAUCAGAACCAAUAAAUAAAAACAAUAAAAGAAAAUAAAUACAGUAAAAUAAAGUUUACAGGGUUUUAAACUCCAACACUUUUAAAUAUGUUUUUAAUCAGGAUCAGGAAAGACUCAGGUCACCAAUGACAACCAGGAGAGGAACCAGCAGCAGCUCCGCCUUAAACUGACGUUGGCUCCGCCCCUGAGUUAUCUUUAGCUCCACAGAUCCGGUUCAAGGCCGACUGACUCCAGACUCUGUUUACUGGUCGUGGUCGGGUUUACUGUACCUGACUGAUGAUGGGGGGGGGGGUGAUCAGCUGUUUCCUGCAGAGUUCCUGCCGCUCUGAGACGGCGUGCUGCAAACACAAACAUGUGUGCAUCAGCUGAGAGAAGGUCAACGAAUCAGGACGGAGGAUUUUAACAUGAGAAAUCAAGUUUAAGACAAAGCGACCAUAUAUGGGCGUAAUAAGACAGUAAUAAUAUAGAUAUACGACCAUAUUUGGGUAGAAGUCACUUCCUGUCGAUGUAACGUGUCCGUUGUUCCUCCUGCAGCUGACGCCUGCUCCGCUCAGUGCGGCGACAGUCUCUCCAGAUCCGCCGCCGGUCCUGAGGAAGAGGAGGACGAUGAAGACCUGGUGAUGAUCCCCUCCCCCAUGGCCAGCCCCCCCAUCCGCUACGCCUCCUGCACCUCCCUCAACUCCACAGCCGACACCGACCCGGACGGCGGGGCGGAGGAGGACGAGGAGACGGAGGACGAGGAGGAGAGCGGCUUCCUGCGCCUGGACGCCUGUUCUCUGGAGGAGAGCUGGUUCGUCACGCCGCCGCCCUGCUUCACGGGCCGAGGAAACAAACCCAUCCUCCUGGAGACCAGCCCCCUGGAGAACCUGCUGAUCGAGCACCCCAGCAUGUCCGUGUACGCCCACCACAGCCCCCCCAGGCUGACCCUGGACGCACUGCCGCGCUCCCUCGACCUGGAGCUGGGCCUGCUGGCUGGAAACAUGUCCGGCGCCCAGACGGCUUCAGGCGGGAAGGAGAAAGGUCGGCGGUCUCUGGACGGCCCCCGUCACAGGUGAACGACAGAACCCGCUCUGUAAACGCUCGAACCGUCGCUCGGUCCGGGCCGUACUCACUCUCUGCUUCUUGUCUUUGUCCCCCCCUUCAGGCCGGAGGUCGCAGUCGUCCAGCGCCGCUCCAGCCUCCACUCUGCCUGCUACGCCGCCGCUCUCUCCGCCCGCCCCGGCCUCCUGCAGCCCCGAGCUGGGAACGCCACCCAACGCACCCAACCGCUGUCCCGUAACGCCCUGAGACGCCACAACCUGCUGCGCCCCCCCAAGGCCGGCACCGUCCACCUGCACCAGCCGAGCCAGAGACACCUCAACUUCUGA